AUGGCCUGCAUUCGGGAUGGAUAUGGUGCCCUGCUUGGCGACAGGCCGGACAAGAGGUUCUGUAACAGGUAUCACUGGCGCCUUCUCUUGACCCCAUGCAGAGAUCCGUUAUGGGAUUUCAGCUCCAGAAAGGAGCUGAUUUGCGCCUUUUGUGACUUCAUGGUUGCUCAUGAAGCAAUGAUCCAACAAAGAGUUCUAUAUGGAGACCUUAGCCCAAACAACUUUGUAAUUUCUGAAGGCAUCGGUUAUUUCAUUGAUUUUGAUCACGCAUCAAUCAUAAAGGAGGGCGAGACAUUCACAGUUUCGUUUGGUACUGGAACUGUACCAUAUAUUUCUAUGUGCAUUUUGAAAAAAAUGUCCAAGAACACUGACAUCAUCAAGAAGUCAAAGACAACCAUUGAUGCAAAAAAGAGCAAUAGCAACACCAACAGCAUCGCUCAGCUGGAACUGGUUGAGCACAACUCCAGUGACGACCUUGAGUCCCUUUUUUACAUUUUUUUUGAAUUCGUUUCCAAGUACGGCGGGGCACAUGGUACACUCGCUCCAACUUGGGAUAAGACGACUAUGCCGGUAUCAGAGUACUUCACAGAAUUCAAGCCCAUUAUCAAUGAAUGGCGCACUCGAAUUCAUCGCACAGAGUCCAAUCUCGAAGGAGCCAUCAUUCAUGAGCACAUUUUUCAAAUGCUUGCCAAAUUCAUCACGAAACUCAACAAUGAAGAACCAAGCCCAUUGCCCUCUCCACCCCUUCCAGUGGCUCCUCCAAGUGCCCCAAGUACUCAUCAUACCGGGGCUCCCCCCAUCGUUCAACCCAUGGCAGGGCCUUCCCUACGUCGUUCAUUACGCCUCAGCGCAGGCCAGACCUAA